AUGACGACAAACUGCGACGACAAGGUCAACAUCGAAGCAUUUGAGCUCUCUCCACGCAAUGAGCCAGUGGUUAACACACUGGGCCGACUCCAACCCACAUUCCCGGGGCCUUCUUUGACUAUGCGUCUCGGCACUUUCAGCAACCCAGAUUUGCUUGACACGAUCGUACAAACACUGGAGAGAAUGAGCCAUGAAGAAGUUGCCGGCACAAAAGUCAAGGUCAAGAAGGCUGGUCAGGACCAUGACGAGGAUUGCGGCACCACUCACCCAAAGGCUGUCACUGAGCUGUUUAUGGAAUUCUUGCAGCCAAUGUGGGAAACGGCCGAACUAUCUCGGAUCUUCGAAGAUACACGCGAAGAGGCGAUAUGGCGCAAGGCUCAGGAGAAGAAUGCUCAUAUGUAUGAUCUGAAGUCUUUGAAGACACUCAACUUGAGCGAGGACAUUCAUCCUGAUCUGACAAGACUUGAUGGGUUCCUUUCGGAUAUGACGAAGAGAACUACUCGUACCCAAUCCUCCGAGACCUUUAUUCCUCGCUCGGAGCUUAUUGAAUUCAAACCUACCGAGCUUCCAAAUCCUCUUCGCUUGUCGUCUCCCAGGUACCGAGCGUACAAUCUUAUUGCACUAGAGCGCUGGGUUGCGGAACACCUGGGCUAUUGGAUGGGUUUACAUCUGGAUGGGGACGAGACCUGCGCCAAGCUUGCCCAAUUGAUGAAAGGCUACCACACCAGUGCGAUGGCUACAUAUGAGGGGAAUCCCGAAGCUCUCUCUGUGAUGUUGCUCACCCUGCUUCCAUGGACACAGUUUGCUAAGAGACUAUUAUCCCUGUAUCCCCAUGGAGAUCUUUCGGACCCUAUUACUGCCGCUCCGCCCACAAAUGAAUCGACUGGCGGCGGCCAAAAGCGCCUGCGCGACAAGAUUGAAGAGGCUGCUGACCAUGAAAGAGAGAUGAAGAAGGCAGAACUCCAAGAAAAGAAGGAGAAAUACGGGCAUCUCACCGACGAGUAUAACAAGACCGAGUGUGAAUAUCACAAGGUACGUGUCGCUAGCGGCUAUGGCGAACCUGCCCGCAAGGAAAAUGUUCACAGGCAACCGUGCCAAAGAUGCGUCUACUUGAGGGAGGCGACCUCCGUCAGCAUUCAUGUCCAUGAGUGGCCCCUACCCACCGGAUCCACUGGAAGUGAAGUACACUGUCUUUGA